UUUCGUGUAUUAUGAUAGCGAAACUUUUCGAUAGUUAUUUCAAUAAUUUUUUGUAUUUAGGUAAAUAUGACUAUAAUUGUGUUUUUGGUUGAUACUUCGGCGUCUAUGUAUCAAAGAGCCUAUUUAGGCGGUCGUCCUUCAAUAUUAGAUGUUGCUAAAAAUGCUGUGGAAACGUUUGUCAAGGUGCGUCAACGUAGUCAAGAGAGUCGAGGUGAUCGGUACAUGUUGUUAACGUUUGAAGAGCCUCCAAAUAAUAUCAAGGCUGGUUGGAAAGAAAAUUUAUCAACGUUUAUGAAUGAAUUAAAAAAUUUACAAUGUUUAGGCUUAACUUCAAUGGGUAGUGCUUUAAAACAUACAUUCGACGUGCUUAAUUUGAAUCGUAUGCAAACAGGAAUUGAUACAUAUGGCCAAGGACGUUGCCCAUUUUAUCUGGAACCCUCUGUAAUUCUUGUUAUCACUGAUGGUGGUAAAUUAUCAUCCACAACGGGUGUUACGGACGAUUUUAAUUUACCAAUGCACACACCUAUACCUGGAUCGGAGCUGACACGUGAACCAUUCCGUUGGGAUCAACGAUUAUUUGCGUUAGUUUUACGGUUAUCUGGUACACCUGCCAAUGAACGUGAUAUUGGUUUAGUUCCCAGUGAUAAUUCACCAAUUGAUGCCAUGUGCGAAGUUACUGGUGGUCGAUCCUAUUGUAUAACGUCACAUCGAAUGAUGAUGCAAUGUAUUGAUAGUUUAGUUCAAAAAGUACAAAGUGGUGUUGUUAUAAAUUUUGAAAAGAUUGGACCGGAUCCAACGUCUGGUGAUAACCGUGAUGAUGUAAUAUCAAACACAAUUCUAGAUCAUGCUGACGAUGACACCGAAAAUAAUGAUAUAUUAUUGGAAUCACGACAAAUAUUACCACCAGCAGCAAAACCAAUGAGUUCGUAUACGUUACCACCAUCGAAUUUAACUACAGGCGGUAAUCAACCAAAUAUUAGUUGGCAUUCGUGUAGAAAAAUGAUUUUAGUACCUAGAUCAGCGCAGAAGGGUUUUGCUGUUGGAUUUUGGCCAAUACCGGAAUCUUUUUGGCCGGAUAUUAAUAUAUCUGUUUUGCCACCUAGAUCUGCACAUCCAAAUGUAAAAUUCACCUGUACAAAUCAAGAUCCAAUGGUGAUUGAAAAUUUACCAUUCGAUAAAUAUGAAUUAGAACCAAGUCCAUUAACACAGUAUAUUUUAGCACGGAAACAGCCGACAAUUUGUUGGAAAGUAUUCGUACCAAAUAGUUAUAAAAGUUCAGAAGUGGGACAUCCAUUUGGUUAUUUAAAAGCGAGCACGAAUUUAAGUUGUGUGAAUUUAUUUGUAAUGCCUUACAACUAUCCGGUAUUGUUACCAUUAUUGGAUGAACUAUUUAAAGUGUUGAGAUUGAAACAGACGCCCGAAUGGACACAGCAGUUUCGGAAUUAUAUGCGGACGAUGCCUUCAUAUUACGCUGGUCCAUUACGACGCGCCUUAACACGAAUGGGUGCUCCAAAUUCUUUAACAUCAACUUUAAUACCUGACACAUACGACACAACGCUUAGCGUCACAGUACUGAACUAUUUAAAGAAAAUGAAGAAUCAAGCAAAAAUCGAAUUUGAUCGUUUAUGCAACGAUGUACUUAGCAAACAGAAUGCCCAAUCGAAGAAUCAAUCAUCGGGUGCCGGUUCAAGUCGUGUACGUGUACUCCCUCGAGCCGGUUUAAAACGUGACAUGGCCACACAUCCAGACUUCCAUGAUAAAUUCAUGUCAAUGCGUGAACAAUUGAAUGAAUAUGGUGGAUUCGUCGUCGGGCUGCCAGCUUCCAAACCAAAUUUAAAUACAAAAAGCUAUCGUAAUCCAUUCGAUAUACAUCGUAGUAAUUUAUUAGAUCAAGUUGUACGCAUGCGUGCUAAUUAUAUGCAACCGUUUAAUCGUUUAAAAUUAGUGGAUGACGAUGUUACGCAUAGUUUACCCGUUAAUCAAAUGGGUAAUUAUCAGGAGUAUUUGAAACGUAUGCCGGCACCGUUACGCGAAAUUGAGAGUACACCGGUACGUCAGCAUAUGUUUGGAAAUCCGUUUAAAAUUGAUAAACGGAUGAUGGUUGAUGAGGCGGAUAUUGAUUUGGUUGGUGGAAAUUCAGCUGGAUCAUCAACUGGAAGUAGUAAAGGCGGUAAACGAACAGUUACUAACGAUUUUAAACAAUUACCAACAAAACGAAAACCUGGUCCAAUUCCACGUGAUGUAACCAUACGAAGACCAUCAUCACCAAUGCCGUUAACGCCACCUCAAUCACCGAAAAUUUGUGAUGUUAUUUUACCACUUCCUGCUGAGAUUCCUAAAGAAGAAGUUUUAUUAUCAAAAUCCGAGGACUCUGAAUCAUUCGAUAAAGAUAAAAUCACAUCAAAUAUCGAUACACCAACGAUUCUCGAAGGACCGAACCAUGCACGUGAUUUCGACUAUAUGUCAAUGAAAUUCGAUGAUCACGAAUCAAUCAAUAACAUAACACCACCAAAGAUCGAAUCUCCAAAUCAACCAUCAUCACCUAUUCAAUCAUCGUAUCCGCCAAUGUCCGAUUAUUUAUCACCAUUAUCAUAUAAUUAUGAAGAUGUCUCGUUAAUUAUCAAUGAAUCAUCGAAUUCGUAUAAUUUAAAUGCCACUGAUAAUACAUCACCAGCGAAUCAUGAUAUGGAUAAAUUUGAUAAGAAAAUUAUUAAAAAUGGUUUACCGGAAAUGGAUAAUACAGAAAAUAUUGAACCAUCGAAAGAGGAUUAUGAGGAAACGAUUAAACACAACAUUAAAAUUAAACGAAUGCUAUUUGCAGAUGUUCGAAAACCUGGUAAAAAUUAUCAACAACUACUAGAUCAUUUAUUAUUAUUAAAAGGUGAAUUUCAUCAGCAAGAGACAAUUAUUAAACAAGUUUAUCGUGAAUCGUUACGAUUUAAACGGGAAAAUUUAGCACGAGCAAUUAACAAUUUUUUACAAAUUAAUCAUUUAGAAUCAGUGAAUAAUGUUGGUGGUAUUUGACACACACUGGAAUUGGAAUUGUAAAUAGGUGUU